UGGAAUAGCUACUUCUGGUCUAUGGGAAGGGAGCUAAAAAUAGCAGCCCGGCUCUGUCUCUGCAAAGAGCCCGGCAGGCUGUGACAGUCAGUGGAAAACACCGGCGCUCGGGCCCCUACCCGCAGGGCUGCAACCGGCGCGGGGCGGGGGGAGAGGAGGGAAAUGCCGCUGACAAAAAGAGGCCGAGAAGGGCUUUGAUGGAGUGAAUGAUUCGGCUUCGCCGUGUCUAUCCCCCGGAAUGGGGUCGAUUUCCUUGAAACACCCGCACGCACCCAAUGCACAAAAGGGGAGCAAAGGGCUCAAGCCAUGACAACUCUCCAGGCUCCGGCUCCGGUUUCCCGGGGGUGAGGAGGAAGGAUGUGACCGGCAGCAGGUGACGGGAGCGGGUCCAACCACGCCAGGGAGGUGCUCUGCCUGUGCAAUGCCCCGCCCCGCCGCCCACAACCCCGGCUUGCCCCCACGAGACCGCCCGGCCUCAGGCCCCGCCUGGCGAUGAACGAUCCAGCCGCCAUGCCACACGCGGAGGGGAAUGCCCUGCUGAAGGCCGUGUGGCAGGGCAAGUUCCGCCUCACUCGUCUCUUGUUGGAAGGUGGGGCCUACAUCAACGAGGGCAACGCCCAGGGCGAGACCCCGCUGAUCGCCGCCUGCCUGGCCCGCUAUGACGACCCGCACAACAAGCCCCGCAUGGUGCGCUACCUGCUGGAGAACGGCGCCGACCCCAACAUCCCCGACAAGACGGGCAAGACGGCCCUGAUGCACGCCUGCGCCGACCGGGCCGGGCCCUUGGUGGCUUCGGUCCUGCUGGAGCACGGGGCCGACCCCAGCGCCAGGGACUACGCGGGGGCAUCGGCCCUGGUGUACGCCAUCAACCGGGGCGACCGGGAGACCUUGCAGGUGCUGCUGGACGCCUGCAAGGCCAAGGGCAAGGAGGUGAUCAUCAUCACCACCGACACGUCCCCCUCGGGCACCAAGAAGACCAAGCAGUACUUGAACUCACCCCCAUCCCCGGGCCUGGAGGAGAAGUCGCCUGCCCUGUGCAUGUCGCCCUCCGACAUCGACGUCAAGACCACGCAGUCGCCCGGGGCCAGCGAGAAGGAGGAGGCGAGGGACGUCUUCAACUUCACCAUGGCCACCCGGCUGACCUGCCCCCCGCUGCCUCUUCCCAAGGGGCUGGAGGCUGAGGCCUCCGCGGAGCAGCCACCGGCAGCCCCGCCGCCCAAGGGCCGGCCUAGGCAACUCAAGAGACUCAACUCGGAACCAUGGGGGCUGGUGGCGCCCUCCACCUUGGCCGCAACCCAUCUGGAGAAGGCCCGGACGCCGGAGGAGAGGAUCACGGCCGAGAUGAAUGGCUUGAGCAUCACCAAGAGGCCCGUGCUGUCACGGAGGCACAGCAUCGAGGGCCAGGAGCCCCCCGGUUUCAAGACGCUUGCCCCGCAAGGCUUUGGGGAAGAGGCCCCAGGUCCGGAGGCACCUUGGGCCGAGAAGGUUCAUUUUGGUCACCUCCACCAGCCUCUGUCACGGCGCAACACGGCCCCCGAGGCCCAGGAGAGUGGGGGGGGCCCGGCGCCCGGCCUGCGGGGCGUGGCCCACCAUAAGCUGGCCCGCAUGGAGCACUGCGAGUCGGACGCGCACCUCUGCCCAGACUCCAUCCCCGGCUCCCCGGAUUCAGGCCGCGUCUCCCUGGAGAGGAGGAAAUACAACGCCUCCCCCCUGACCCUGCCGGCCAGCUCCUCCCGGGAGUCCCUAGAGAGCAUUCCCAGCGCCGUGUCCCCCAUGACGGGGCGGCGUCGCUCCCCGGGGCUGCUGGAGAGGAGGGGAUCGGGGACUCUCCUCCUAGAUCACAUCGCCCACACCCGGCCUGGCUUCCUGCCCCCGCUCAACAUCAACCCCCACCCUCCCAUCCCUGACAUCCGGGCCAACGGCCGGCCCCCCUCGCCCGUGCACAGGGGGCUCAUCCCCAUGGCCCCCAGCUCCCCCAAGGCGAAGAAGAAGCUGUUCAGAAGGCAUUCUAUGCAAACGGAACAGAUCAAACAGCUGGUCAAUUUCCAGAACCUACUGGCCCAGGGCGACCCGGCCAGUUAAAGGGACAGAAGCCCCAACAAGGGAAAGGAGAAGAAGAGGCCUAGAUUUAGUCUCUCCCCAUCCCAUUGGCUGCUCCUGGAGUGGGGAGGAGCUGGAGACACCUCCCCAUCCCAUCUCUCCCACCCCAUCCUGGUUGGCGAGCCCAUUGUGUCUGGGUUGCUGUGUAUCCUCCGCCCUGCUGUGUAUCUAUCCUAGCCACGGGCCGCGCCCAGGGUCCAGGGAAUCUGACCGGAAUAGGAGCACUCAAUUGGGCCAGGAUCCCCAUGCGACCAGUUUCUGGAUGGCACUGGGCCCCUUCGGUGGAGGCCGCGGCCUGGCAGCAGAACGCCCCCAAGCAUUACCGCCCAGGACUGUGCCACGUGGCCACAGAGCGCCCGGAGUCCGCUGGGAAAUCUGGCCUACCUUGGGGGCGGGACGGUGACAGCUUCUAACGGCUGCUCCCACGUGCCAGUCAGGAAACCAGAGGGGAGGCGCGUGGGUCCCGUCCCUCCGGGUCCUGCCGGGCACGGCCUGGAGAUGCAGAGGAGGGGAAAGAAAAAGGGAAUGAAAGGGUCGAUUUGGGUUCGAGAUCAGGAACGUGGCCAGCCGGAGCUUCUUCCAAUUUCCAGCAGCGGUUUGUGCCCGAUCCAGGUUCAAAGCCAAAGGCAGCCCUGCUCGGUUUGCACGGCUCUUCGACCUGGAAGGAAGAGGCGGCGAUCCAAAAGACAGACACCCCUCUCCCCCGCCCCCAGUGGCCUUGCACCCCACCUGCUGCUCCCUGCAAUAUCCUAUUGAUUAGUGUGAAUGCCGUCGGGACUCCUGGGUUCGCUCCCCACCUCUGGGGGGGCAGCGUUGUCUGGCGGGCCCAGUAAAGGGACACCUAGGGCUACGUUUGCAAAAAGGCUAGUGAUUUGGGACGCCCAACUGUGCUGAGCACUCACCCGCUGGAAACCAGGCCCCUUCGAGGCGACUCAGACGGGAGCACUCAAAAACGGAAGCACUUUAGGCAUGGGGCUCUGUUCCCAGCUCCAGGAGGGGGAGUGUUGUCUAGUGGUCAGAGGACUGGGCGCUAACGACUCUCAGGUUCUCUGCCUGUCUCUGCCACUGACUCACUGGGUGACUUUGGACUAGUGACGCGCCCCCCCCCCCCGUGCCUCAGUUUCCCCCACCUGUCAAAUGGAGGGAAUGAUACCGACCUGUGUCUGUAAAGCGCUCGGAGAUCCCGGGAUCAGCGGCGCUCUAGAAAUGCUACAUCCUAUUUGUUAUUUAUUUAGCAUUCGGUCUCUGACGGAGCCGCAGCCCUAGACAAAGCAAUAUGACUGGGGACACACAAGAAGUUACCCCCAAACACUGGUGGGAGGGCUGGAAUAAACCCUCUAGGCACAUGGGGAGGGAUUGACCAGAGCAUCACUGAUGCAGAGGGGAAACCAUUUUGGGGGGGGGGGGGACUGACUCAGUGUAAAUAGGCAAACAGACACCCAUUGCUAACCCCACAGACACCCAUUGCUAACCCCACAGUGCAGACCCAGUGCACUGGCAUGGGUUACCCUGCUUUUCCACUAGGGGGAGCUGUGGAAUUGGGCAUUGUCAUUGUGCAUUGCACAACCGCGGUGGUGCAAACAAACCCCGUUGCAAGCAAGGCUUUAGGCCCAAGUCCUCAAAGGUAUUUAGGUGCUUGAUUCCCAGCGGGAAGAUCUGGCCCCUCGUUACCAAGCUAUGAAUCUGCAGAUUGCUCAGGUUUCCCUGCCCUUCCCUGAGUGAUGCUGCAAAGUUCGAGUUAACUAAGGGAGUUAACAUUUGCACAGGUCUCCCUAUAAGCACAAGGAGACUGUAAUCAGGGCCCCGUGUAUCCGCUACUCUGCAGAACCCACCCCCUAGCUGUGCUCCCUUUUCUGUUUGCAGAGAUACGCUUGUAGCCCUGAUUGACAUGUAUCUGAUGCCAUGUGGCCUGACCUAGUCUUUAGACAGCCUACAAUAAUCACUCUAGAUGUGAACCCAUUGAUGCCAAGUGGGCGUUGACUCUGAAACCUACUGACUACCAAACAGACAACAACAUUGUUAACUAUUCCACUGCUGAUUUUAGCAGAAAUGUUGCAUUGUAUUGUGCAUCUCUCACAACUCCCAGUUAAAUCCCCAGAUGCCAAAAGCCCCCAACUGCCACCCCACUCCCUCUCCCAAUUGCUCGUGCUAAGCACUUAUGCCUUUUUUGUUACAAAAUUCUGUAGCACAUUGAAAAUGAAGGGCCAUAUUCUUGGCUAAUGUAAAUUGGUGCCUCUCUUGACUGACGUCAGCUGAGAAUUUGGGCUUAAAAUGAUAGGGGCCGCAUCUGAUUAAAUUGGCCAGAGGAUUAGCUAGCACACUUUAUCCCGUGCUGAUUGCGUUAGCCACUGCCAUGUUUAGUUUAAUAGAAACCUUAUUAUUUCAGUGUAUCUGACGCUGUUCUGGGAUUUCCAGUUUCCUGCAGGAUUUGGGGCCUUUUGCUGCAGGAUUUGGGGGCUAGUUUGCUGCAGAUAUGUGGGGCCUUCCACGACUAGGGCAAAUGCCCUCUCCGCCUGUGUAUAUCAGAGAACAUACAGCAUGUGAGUAUGGUUUCAGGUCUGUAUCUGGGACACUUGUAGGGGUUGGAUCUGGGGUUUUCAGUCAGCAGGUUAGAAGGUGUAACGAAGCGGGACUCACCCCUGCGGCGCCUCCUGCUGGUGUCUUCCGGGAAUUAACUCUGCCAGCCUUGGAGCGCCUUCUGCAUUCCAGUAUCCCGCUGCCGCUUGGCCCCCAUGUCCCUCCCUGGACUCCGGUGCCCCUUUAUCUGGGGUGCUGCCCUCUGGCAGUACACCCCUCAGUCUCGGGGUCUCCCCCCUAGCCCUAUCCACAGUCGUAGGCUACUGCCAGUCACCAACUCGCCCCCGUGCCCUGGGGCAGACUG